GGGGGGAUAAAGCCCUUUCUCUGCCAGUCACUCACAGUGACACAACACCUACUGGCCGCAGGGACCGAAUUGUUACGGUCAGAGAGUAAAGAGGCAGACCUGUGGACCAGUAAACCACUGAUAACAGGCUUCACAGGGAUUCAUUUUUCUACACCUCCAUAAAAUCCCUUCUCGGAACUCAUUGUGGAUAUGGAUUCUGUGUACCAGUAUUUAGGAUAUCCAGCACAAGCCAACGACGAUUCAGGGACUUCAAGGGAUAAUCUAUGGCUGUACGGCGUGGGUACCUUCGUGGUUCUGUGGACCCUAGGCUGGCUGUACAGAGACAGUCUGGAGAUAGAGGAUAUCAAGGAGAAGUAUGUGUUUGUGACGGGCUGUGACUCUGGCUUCGGGAACUUGCUCUGUAAGAGACUGGACCGACGGGGGUUCAGGGUGAUAGCUGGGUGUCUCACAGACAAAGGGGCUGAUGAUCUGAAGAGGGCGACUGGGCCUUACCUGAAGACAGUUCUCCUAGACGUGACGAGCACCGCCAGUAUACAGAAAGCCAUGGAGUACACCAAGCAGGAGGUUGGAGAUAACGGACUGUGGGGCAUCGUGAACAAUGCGGGGCGCUCCCUGCCCAUGGGUCCCUCAGAGUGGAUGAGGCUGGAGGACUAUACCAGUACCCUGAAGGUCAACAUGACGGGGGUGAUAGAGAUGACCCUGACCUUCCUGCCCCUCAUCAAACAGGCCCAGGGGAGGAUUGUCAAUGUAGCAUCAGUACUGGGUAGAGUGGCAGCUAACGGAGGUGGAUACUGCAUCUCUAAGUUCGCUGUGGAGUCUUUCUCAGACUGCCUCAGGAGGGAUAUCCACUACUUUGGAAUCAAGGUGUGCAUCAUUGAACCGGGUUUCUUUAAGACAGCGGUGACCAGUCUGGAUCCCAUCGAGAGAGAGCUGCAUCGCCUGUGGAACCAGCUCACACCUGAAGUAAAGGCUAGCUACGGAGACAAAUACCUGGAGAAGUACAUACAGAUCCAACGGUUGAUCAUGAACGCAGUGUGUGACUCGGACCUGAGUAAAGUGACUAACUGCAUGGAGCAUGCCUUGGCGUCUAGCUACCCCCGAACCCGCUACAGUGCCGGCUGGGACGCUAAAUUGGGAUGGAUCCCCCUCUCUUACAUGCCAUCCUGUGUCAUCGACAUUGGGCUGAAACUGGUGAUGCCACGACCUGCUAAGAGUGUCUAGAGUUCAUUAGCAUACAAUACAUUGCAAUAUAACACAAUAUAAACCCAUACUAUACAAUACAAUACUAAUGAAUACAAAAUAAUGUAUUGUUUGAGUUCAAAUGUACAGAACGUAGAGUAGCCUACACAUUUAGAAAAGUUAAUUCAAUGUAUUUCUUUAUGUUGUCUGUGUUUUUAAAGCUAGAUGAUGUCCUAUAGUUUUGAGAGAAAACAUGGAAUAUUUGAAGUAGUGAAUAAUCACCUACUGUGCCUUUUCUUCGCCAUUAUUUAUGUUCAUUUCACUGAGGUCUACUACACCUGUUGUAUUCAGCAUUUCACUGUGAGGUCUACUACACCUGUUGUAUUCAGCAUUUCACUGUGAGGUCUACUACACCUGUUGUAUUCAGCAUUUCACUGUGAGGUCUACUACACCUGUUGUAUUCAGCAUUUCACUGUGAGGUCUACUACACCUGUUGUAUUGAGCAUUUCACUGUGAGGUCUACUACACCUGUUGUAUUCAGCAUUUCACUGUGAGGUCUACUACACCUGUUGUAUUCAGCAUUUCACUGUAAGGUCUACUACACCUGUUGUAUUCAGCAUUUCACUGUAAGGUCUACUACACCUGUUGUAUUCAGCAUUUCACUGUGAGGUCUACUACACCUGUUGUAUUCAGCAUUUCACUGUGAGGUCUACUACACCUGUUGUAUUCAGCAUUUCACUGUAAGGUCUACUACACCUGUUGUAUUCAGCAUUUCACUGUGAGGUCUACUACACCUGUUGUAUUCAGCAUUUCACUGUGAGGUCUACUACACCUGUUGUAUUCAGCAUUUCACUGUAAGGUCUACUACACCUGUUGUAUUCAGCAUUUCACUGUGAGGUCUACUACACUUAUUGUAUUCAGCAUUUCACUGUAAGGUCUACUACACCUGUUGUAUUCAGUGCAUGUGACUAAUAACAUUUGAUUUGAAUAACCCUCAUAUUCAAUAAGGCUGUUCUUAUUGAAAGAACUGAUGUCCAUUAUAUGAACACAAAUAAUAAAAUGAGACCAAUUCAUGAUUUUGAAA